ACGAACCAUUUACCAGAUGUCAAAGAAGUUUUUGAUUUGUUUGAUUUCUGGGAUGGACGAGAUGGAAUGGUUGAUGGCGCCAAGUUAGGUGACUUCCUGAGAUGCUGUGGACUCAAUCCGACACAAGCCAUGAUCAUGGAGAAUGGGGGCACCAAACAAUUUGGUGAAAAGUUGUACAAGUUCGACGAGAUAAUUCCCAUUUACAAGAAACUCCAAACGACCACUGACAUAGGCACAUACGCUGACUUCAUGGAAGCCUUCAAAACCUUCGACAGGGAAGGUCAAGGUUACGUGAGAGCGGCAGAGUUGAGGCAGGUUCUCUGUUAUCUCGGGGAGAAAAUGUCGGACGACGAUGUUGACAGGAUUUUGAAUUAUACAGGAACCGAGGAAGACCUGGAUGGAAACAUUAAAUACGAAGAAUUCAUCAAGAAGGUUUUGGCUGGUCCACGAAAAAAAUAA